AUGGAAGGACCUCCAGCGGAGGUGAAGAAAGAAUGCUUUGUCUUCAAUGGCCACAAAUCCACUCCAAUGAAACGGUCCCGUUCGAUGAUUCACGACAUACUGCGUGUCCGUGACGCCAUCAAAGAUAUCCCAACGAAAGGAGACUACAUCACCACCGCGAAGGACGUCAUCGAUGCUCUCAAGAAUCUCGAUCCCUUCGAGAACCACGAGGACAAAUUCCAUCCUGUGGUAUACGGAGGAUACGUUGGAAUAUACACUCACUGGGACGACGCGAUCCCUGAGGUCACCGGGAGGGAUUGUCGUCGAUUCCGAACAUCAGAGACGUUCAAAGACGCCCUUGUGUACAUGAUCACCAAGGGACGAUUUGCGACGGUUGUAGACCUUUUUCAUCCCGAUCCCCCCCCUCAGCCCCCUUCCCCAGCGAGCCCUUCCCCUGCCAACAUCCCUCCUUCUCCCGUUCCUUCUCCCGCUCGCGCUCGCGAUCCCGUUCCUUCUCGCCCUCAUGGUCCCGCUCCUUCACUUCGUGAUCUCACUCCCGGCCCGGUUCCCUCAAGCUCGCAUCGGACGUCACAACACGAGACAUCACCUCGGGAGCGCGUUCGCGUUCAGGUCCCAACUCCCCCAUCCCUCCUAUUUACCCAACCUCUCCCACCUCCGGAGAACGUAGGUAUAGUACCCAUGGAUCAUUUGGUUACGCUGGUCUCCGAGCACCUUGCUAUCAGUGAACGCAGUGCUCGGGGACCUCGUCCUCCGCCAUCCGCGUCGAACACGUCCCACUCGUCUCGCACAUACUCAUCUCGUGACGUUCCCGGCACUCCCGUGUCAAUUUCGUCGUCCAGUCGUAGUGCUAGCGAACGCGAGGUCGUUCCUAUCAACCCCGAGAGGCGGCGCGUCUACGCUCAUGAGCGCACCCUCAGGGGUGUUGUCAGAACCUUGCACUCCCCCGCCGAUGUGCGAGAGCACGAGGACGGCCCUCCCUCCCAUCUCUUCACCCGUGCAGCCGUCGAGUACAUGGAAGCUCAAGGGUUUCUUCCAGCUGCACGGUGGUCGGUGUGGUAUGCCUUCCGCCAGGCCAACAGCUGCGGCGAGUUUAUCGAUUAUCUCUCGUCAGAACGGCCCCUCGCCGAGCUCGAAGCUAAGUACCUUUGGGGAUUGCUCGGGGGUGGCGGUCUCCCUCGCUACCUUCGAACGAAAACUCAUACCACCACGCGCCGACGCUUUGCGAAGCCGAACAUCCCGAAGACUCCACAGGAACGUGCGGAACUCAAGAAACGACGGCGUGAACGGAAGGCUGAGUACUUAGAUGCACUCGCCGAAGCUCAAGACAUCGUCUUGGGCGAGGCAACCAAGCUGUAUGGCCGGUUUGGUGGCCACAGCAUCGAUUAUUAUGUCGAGGCGAUCAUGCAGAACUCGCGUGUCAAGGGUGGCAAACGGCGAGUUAACCGCUGGAACGCGCACCUGAGCAAGCGGCUGCGACAGUUCAACGACAACGUUCCUGAGGACGGCGAGCACCAAACGGCUUCCGAGUUUGCGAAGCAGCUCAAGGACGAGUGGGCACAACUCUCGGAGGCCGAGCGCAUUGAGCUCACGAAGGAGGAUUGCGCCGACCUCGAGGAACUCCGCGCCAGCAAGAACGCUGUUCAUAGCGUGCCGUUGGCAGCUUGGCGCGACGCCAAGGCCGCUCUCAAACACUGUACUGGCGUUCUUGGCGACCUCGCGUCUCGAACGAGCGUCAAAAUCCUGCUCGUUGCUGUUCGCGACAACACGACACAGCUAAUGCGACCCUUCACGUACACGUCCGAUGAGUCGGUCGACGAGUUCUUCGAUGCCAUCACGAACAGUUCGGUUGAAACGUUCGCAACAAGGCUGGAAGCCUGUUUAGUGAGUAAAUACAGGCGAGAAGUAGUCGACACGAAGAAGGAGCUCGUAACUACUAUCAACACCAAACUAUACGAGGCUACUAAAGUCAAGUUCAGCCGAACACCUUACUCCCAGUUCGAUAAAGCCGUGACGGAGAAAUACGGGAUCGUCGUAGACGGCUUGCCGCCAGGCUACUCGUUCCAGAACCCGUCGGGAAUCUCCUCCUCAGUCGAAGUUCUGACCCUCCUCGGGCUCUGGAAUUCAGGUGUUGUGAGCUUCCGUGAAAUGUCGCGGCAGGAGUGGGAGAGUUGGCGGGAAAAGCGGUUCCAGGAGGCCAUGAGCCAGAUGGAAACAGACGAAGGUCAGUCGCCAUCUACUCCACCAGACGACUCUGCGGUCGCUCCGACUACGUCCGCGGCUAUCGCUCCGCAGUCCCAAACCUCUCCCGCAGCCUCCGCUUUACCGCCAAUCAAUACACCGGUUCCUACACCGGUUCCGACGCCGACGGACUCUGCAGCGAACUCCCUGCCUGCACCAAUGAACGCCCCUGCCCCUCACGUUCAACCUGUCCCCGGCGUAUCCUUUCAGUUUGUCAAUAGCUUCGCCGGUCCCGACGGCCAUCAGCGCGCAAGUGGGAGAGGAAGGAAGAGGAAAGCGGGUUGUUGA